AUGUCCGCCGACUACAAUGCAGGAAUGCCUGCCCAGCCUGCACAAGAAAUGGUUUCUAUUGCUGGUCAGAGUUUUGAGAUCCCCGCCGGGUUCGACUUUGACGCAGCAGCCCAAGAGUUCGGCACUCUGCCCGACUUCUCUAUGGGCGAUGAUUCAGCAGCUAUCUAUGGAUACAUCAGCAACACAUACAUCAACAACGACAACAGCAUCGCCGACAACAGCAUCGCCGACAACAGCAUCGCCGACAACAGCAUCGCCGACAACAGCAUCGCCGACAACACCAUCACCGACAGCAACCACUUUAGUGGCGGCUUCGAAGAGACAACGAGCGCUAAGACACCUGGAUACGAACAUGACGUCGAGGAUCCGAACUACAUCUCGCCUGACGCACCUUGCCAGUCCUCCAACCUCAACGAUGGCUAUCAGUCAUACGCACCUAAGACUCCCUUCAACACCGUAGUCAACACGUACGAGGCCAAGACUCCUUACGUCGCGCCUACUCCUUUCACGACUCCCUACCACUCAAACGACUUCUCUGGAGGUAUUCCCGAGCUCGGCCUCAACGGCAUCGGUACAAAGCCUUCCGAACCAUUCUUUCCUGGCCCUAGUCCUAUGGAAGCCAGUUUUGGCGCUUCCAGACCCGCCAGUCCUGUUACAAAGCCCGAUUAUGGCAAGAAGGCUCCCAAGAAGACACCCGUUCGUAAGGCAAAGACCAAAGCUAAGGUAGCCAUCGGCGGUGACAAUGACGACGAUGAAGUUCGCAAACCCAUCUCCUCUACUCGUGGCAAAGGCAAAAAGUCUAAGGAAGUUGUUGAGGAAGAAGAGGAGUACGAGGAAGACACACCCGUCCCUGCAAAGGCCAAGGGCCGUAAAGGGGCAGCCGUCAAGAACACAGCCACGACUGCCAGGAAGCCCAGAGCAACUGCUGCUUCAAAGAAGGCCGCCCCGAAGACUGGUCGCACCCGCGCCCCUGCAAAGAACAUCAUGGCUGUCAAGCCGAUUCCUCGUAACUUUGAAGAGUGCGAUCAGGCUGAUCAAGAACUAAUCACCAUGCGCGAAGCCGGCCAUGACUGGGCCGAAUGCAAAGCCCGCUACGACGAGCUCACCGGUGGUGACUACGGCAAAAGCACUGUCCCCAACCGCUACGAACGCCUCAAGACAGCCUUCAUCAACAUGCGUGACGAAGACAACCUGCUGUUGUUCGACGCAAAGGCAAAGCUCGAUGCCGACUACGAAAGCAAGAAAUGGGACUUGAUCGCCGCAGAGGUCCACGACCAGGGAGGAAUUUUCUACGAUCCCAACGACCUCCGCCGCCGUUUCAGAGCGCUGAUGGAGCGCUCGGGUGUUCCAGUCGACGUGGGACACGCCAGGAAUGAUCUAGAUUUCCACAAACCAGGCGAUUUCGAAGGCACAGAGGAGCCCGAAGAUGCGCGUGAGUUUGAGCGCGAGCGCGGCGCUGCUCCGAACAUCACCUGGGAUGACUUUGAGGAAGAUGACGCCGGGGCUGGCGCAGAGGAUGAGGCUUCUUUCAAUGCAUUCCAAGGUCAAGAGUCGCGCGACUAUACGCGCAUGGACAUUGACGACGAAGAUAAUGACGAGGAAGCUCUGGCCUAUUAG